AUGGACACAGAUGUGCCGCCCAUCCUUCUGCCGUGCGCGAUCUGCGCACGGACUUUUAUGCCGCAGUCGCUGGAGAAGCACAAGAGGAUAUGCGAGCAGACUGCGAAUAAGAAGAGGAAGCCGUUCGACUCGGCGAAACAAAGGAUACAGGGCACCGAGCUGGCGGAGUUCUUACCCAGGCAGGAGAAAAGGCGGUCCGCACAGGACAACAGGACCGACGGAUUCAAAUCCACUUGGAAGCAAACGCAUGAUGACUUCCUGCGACAGAUUAGAGCCGCUCGCAACGAAAUUGUGGACGGCACGAUGCAAAAAUCAUGCACAACGGUUCUCUCGUCAAGCGCUCCGACGCGCGCAAACGAACAGGGUGUCUGUCCCACCUGCAACCGCCAUUUUGGUAUCAAAGCUUACGAUAGGCACGUGGCCUGGUGUAAGGAUAGAAUCGCACAGGUGCCAGUCAGCCCAGCAACGAAUAUUGCCAAGGAACGACUCGAAGCUCGGAUGAAGUAUCGGGCCCCAUCUUUGAAGAGUCGCAGACAAAUUACACGCGAAAAAUAUUCACCAAACUCUGCUACGAAUCUUCAUUCCGGCAGCAAAACAUCGCCCACGCAGCCCAUGAAUAGAGCCAAGGAAAGCGCCUCGGCACCGAACUGCAACAAAGGCAAUGAUGAUCCUAUCAAGCAGAAACCUGCUAUUGUAAGACGUUCUGGACAAUCGAAAGAGGCAAAUCCGACAGGACCAAUGAAAUCUAGACCAAAUGAUCGCACGAAUAGGCCACCAGAAGACGAGUCCGGACCGGUUACAUUUCGACCUGCGCCCCUUAGUAAAAGAACCCUCCUUCCUGUACCACCCUUAAAGUAUAAGAAACAAAAUCUCGAAGAAUUCAAUAUCGUUCCUUCCCCGAGAUGCAAACAACAGGCCCGGAAGACGACCAAGCGAGAUCAGUUAAAACACUGUCGAGCUAAACCCGAUGAGAAGAAUCAGCUGUUGCUUUCAGCUAGGUCGCAGAAGUCGAACAUCGUUUCCGCUAGGAGCCAAGGGAAUCCAAAGCUGAAUGACGUUUCCAUUAACGUUGAUGUCAUUGGGAUGACCGUGAAACCUUGCAACAUAUAUUCAGGAAGUGAACUGACUACUUGGAAAAGGAUCAGUGAGGAAAAAGAUCAUCCAAAUGAAAGUAAUGAAAGGGAUAUUAAAGGUUUGAGUUCCUAUGAGUAUGAUGAAAGAAAUAGACAUCUUAUACAUUCUAUUCUAAAAGAGAAAGAAUCGAAGGUCGAGUUAGAUGACUCGACUGUGGAUAUGAACAGGUUGAGUUCAAGAACAGAGAGUCCAAUUAAUUGGCCACCUGCUACACCGAGAUUGAAUCGAACCUACUCGUUCAAAAAAUCAUUUGAAGAAAUUAAUGACCCCCAAUUAUGGGAUCAAUGGAGAUGGAAACCUGUGAAAAACAGUCCUCGAGUGGAAUUUUGUUUGGGAAAUGUAGAGAAGGUACAAAAGCUACAUACGUGCUCUAUUAAUUACGAUUUUCAGUGUUUAAAGAAAGGGACAGAUGAUGAGUCUUUGAAGGACUUGGACUGCAAAAAAAAGAAAUCGAAAAAUUCCGAAAAAUUUUCGGGAUGCUUCAAAUCGGCAAGGGACAAAAUUUUGGAGAGGAAACGGUUGAAGUCUCCUGGUUGUAAAGAAUUUCUUCAAGGAAGUCAGAAAGAAGUGAAUUGUUUUGACAAUGCUAAAAUUGUGUACUCGAAAACAAAUAUUCUGGAUAAAAGUAAUAAUAGUAAAACGUGUAGAGAUUUUCAAAGAAAAAUUGAUGAUACGAACAAAAAAAUUGUGCAAGAGGAUUUGAUGAAACUUUCUAACGAAAAAUUGGCAUCCCCAAUUUAUUUUGAACAAUUUGAACUUUCUGAAGAAUUAAAUAAUUUAGAGGUAGAUAAAAAUAAUUUAACUAUUAACGAUGAGGUGUCUAAGACACUGUCAAGAGAUAAAAAUGAAUCUAAACUAGUAGACACUUGGGAAGCUAAAGAGGAAAAUGUAAAUAACGUAGAUCAUUCUUGUACUAUUAAUGAAUCAGAAUUUCUCGCAAAGAAUAAUAACGAUAUUACAGAGUUCUGCGAUAUUGAAGCAAAGUUAAAUGAGAUUGAGUACGAACCUGUUCUCCUGAAAGAUGUAUUGCGUCCAAGUAGAUCGAGCACACCGUUUGAUAUCGCAAAUAAUUGGAAUGAACUGGAAAAUUCACCGAAGAAAUUAAAUACUCCUCCUCAAAAUAAAUGGGAAGUAAGUAUAAAUAAAGAGACAGGAUCUGAAUUGUUAUAUCGCGUUGAAAUAGAAGAAUCGAUUUGUCCACAUUCGACUCAUACCGACUUCGAUAAGUUAAAAAAGAUAGACACUGAAAUCACACUAACAAAACAUCAAGAUUACCCAACCAAUAGUUUUUUAAAUGAUAGAUCAUCAAUGAUUCAAGAAGGAGAAGUAAAUACUCAAAUUAUCAAUAAAAACGACAUGGCUAUUCAGACGACCAUCUGUAAAUGUUCGUUAAAAGCUAUCGAUGAAAGUGUCGGAGAAUCUAUGAAUACCAACGAGUCCUUAACAAACAAAAAUUCAACAAUAUUUGAAAAAAAUCAAGAAGCAUCUUCGAAAACGCAAGUUGUCGAUUUUCAAGAAAUUCAACAACUAUCUAAACAAGAUCAACGCGAAAUAAACUCGGAAGAAAUUAGUCAAGAUUACAAAGAAGACGUAAUAGAUAAUCCUAAGACAGAUAGUGAGUCGAAAUUCACGAAGCCCAUUACCAAAACGAUCGAAAUCGCAGACGAAGAAGUGCAAGAAAUUUACAAAAAUUCCUCGUCAAAAGAUUUCGAUUACACUACCGAUGAAUCUAUCAACGAAUACGAAGUUGUACCGAGAUGUGCUCACGAGACCUCCAUCAGAGAUAACGUAAUUGACGCGCGGAAUUUACGAUCGAUGAUUUUAUCGGAGUCCCGAAUGACCGUGAAAGAAUCGUCGGGCGUAGCCUGGAAGUCGCAGUACUCGAAGAUGAUCGGGAUAGAAAACAAGAUGUUCGGGAUAGAAAAUAAGAUGUUCGGGAAUGCGAACGAAAUGAAUAGCAGUAAAGAGAGUUUAUCGUCGAUCGAUGGCGUGGAUCUUGCAGGUGUUAAACAGGUGGAAACCCUCGAGGUGGAGACGAUCGAGGAAAUCGGGACUAGAAAUAGGAGCAUCAGGUUCAGGAUAUUGCCGGAGAUCAAAGGAACCACGGUGAUGGUUAAAAAGGAUUACGAUGAAAGAGGAACGAUCAGUACCCAGACUUAUUGGGAAAAGGCGUCGAAGACGUCCAGACAUCGUUUAAUUAAUCUCGAUUCGCCGUGUCAACGGACUAGCAGCGGCAAGGAUUACAAUCCUUUCCUGCUAGCAGAGCAACAGAUGAACGACCUACUGUCGGAUGCCAGCGAGCAAUCCGUAGCGGACAGCCCGUUGCUCGAGCAAAACCGCGAGACCCCGUUUCCUCUCUCUCAUUCCUCAGCCUUCGUCAAAUAUCCUUAUCAAACUUCUUCCUCAAAUCCCAACAAACGAUCGUCUUUAAUAGCUCCCCCCACAGAAUUCGAUGACUUAACUUCAGAUUUCUCGAGCGACUCGACUGAAACCAAUUCAUUGUCCCGAGAAGUCUUCUUAAAAGACGACUCCAAGUCGAAUGUCGAUAAAAAGUCACCGGUCAAAGAGUUAGGUAGACGAGUGAUUAUCGACAAAUCGAAGGCUCUUGGCGGAGAGGUGUCAGAGGACUACAAUCGAGGCAGCAGGAGUUUCGUUGGUAGCUCCGAAAAGGCUCGGAAGAUCCUCGACAAAGUCUCGUCCAAAAUGGUCCGGCCAACCGUCAAUCGUUCUUUCUCCGUUCGAGCUUCCUCCGCUCCUAAAACUACUCUCGAUAAAAAGAACAAUUCUAACGAGACGAAGAAAUCUUCUAAUAAGAACAAUGAUUCACAGAGAUCCUCUAACGCCAGCUUGAAUAAUAGAAAUAACAAUUAUACGAACCUGUCGGGCAGCAAUCUUAGCCUAAGCUCCAUAGUGUCCUCGGACGUAGACAUUAAACGAUCGAACUCGGCCUUUGACGAGUUGAUGACUUCGUUCGAGGAUGAGAACGGUUCCUUCACGUCCCUGAAAUCCCUCCUAAAAAACGAUCCCUUGUCCGUGUCUAGCCCCGUUCACGGAAGACAGCGGAACGAUCAGAACAGCGACGAGGAGCUGUCUUCGCCGGAAAGCUACAAGAGGCAGGAUCACGGCAAGUUUAGCGGGGACUCCGCUUAUAGCAGGUUAAUAUAUAUUCUGAUAUUUAAUUAA